CGUUUCCCGCGUUUGCAAACGCUAGCCUGGCCGCAGGUACCUUCGGUACUGACAUGUAAUGUUUAAGUGAUUCUUUCGAUUAUUAUUGUUUAUUUUUUGUUCGGUUGUAUAGAAAGUGAAUUUGUGAAUGUAGAGUUUGUGAAGUUUGUGACCGCCACAAUAACCCAUCGCACGAUACGAUGCUUCGACCCUUUUUAGCUGUUCUUCUCUUCGCCUCUGCAGGAUUAGGUGGCAGACACCCUGAACCUUACUACGGCCGGCUCAUAGGACCUUUACAGGAGUUCGCCCAUGGAAUAAAAGGAACCGUUUAUGCCGUGGACGAAAGCACGAUUUUUAUAAAGGGAUUCUCGUAUGAUGGAACAGGACCUGAUGCGUUUUUCUGGAUUGGAAACUCGCCAAGACCCAGUCCGGAAGGCAUUAUUAUUCCGUAUCCGGAGAAUUAUGCAGGAAGGGAGCCUCCGGUAUUACGAGCUUACAACAACACGAACAUAAUCCUAAGGCUGCCGAUGGGUAAAAGAAUUAGAGAUAUCCGAUGGCUUUCCGUCUGGUGCCGGCGCUUUACGGUCGAUUUCGGCGAAGUUUUCAUCCCUCCAAACUUAGAAGUACCCAAACCUCGAGUUCUUCCGGAAUUCAAACGACUAGCUCACGGCCUGCGCUCAGACAAUAUUAGCAUUUUAGAUGCCAAAACUUUUUACAUUCCGAAUUUGCAUUACGACGGGGCUGGACCCGAUGCCUACUUCUGGGUGGGCAACGGCAGCGAACCCUCGCCUUUCGGGAUCAAAGUGCCCAACGAAAUGGGCUCUUUAGACCCAUUGAGGGGCUACCAAGGUGAAGACAUCGAAAUCCAGCUUCCUGGAUCCAUCACGGUCUAUGAUAUCGACUGGCUGGCCGUCUGGUGCGUCCAAUACCGACACAAUUUCGGACACGUCAUCAUCCCCAAAGACCUCGACGUCCCUCCGGCUUUAGGCCAAACCAAAAUCUCGACGAGCACUUCGAAGCCGUCAAGUCCUGCGAAUUGUCAAGAGUUCUUAGACAAACGGUUACAAGUACGAUGGGAAAUGAGAGGAGAUUACGUUCAAAUCACACUGGCAGCGAAAAUCCGUGAAGAUCAAUACGUCGCGUUUGGACUUUCGGGGGCUCCCACCAAGUCGCAAAUGGUCGGCGGAGACGUGACCGUCGCUUUCUACGACACUAACUCUCGAACUUUCAAAGCUGUGGAUUACUACAUGUCCACAACGGCCCAAUGUGACGGCAAGUCUGGUGUUUGCCCCGACGAACGAAUCGGUGGCCGAAACGACGUCACCUUAAUCUCAGGCGACCGCAAAAACGGCAUUACUACCAUCACCUACAUGAGACCUCUCCAGACCAAUGAAGCCGUCAAUGACCGACCUAUACCCAGCCAAGGCAACAUCAGCGUGAUCGCCGCUUUCGGACCACUCAACUCCAGAAAAGAAGCCAACGCUCAUUCUAUAAGAGAUAAGACAGAAGGAGAUUAUAUGAUCGAUUUCAGCGACGUCGAUCAUAACAUGUGCAGUGGGGAUUUGGACGAUUUGGACGACGAGGACGAAAUUAAGCCCUGGCCACCGGCGAAGAUCACAGGGGAAUCCACCUUUACGGCGAAAAUCGGGCCGACUGGCGGCAAACGGGGCUACACAGCCAUCACAGGGCAGCCUUCCUGGGGCAUCGCCUGGUACAUCAAUGACCUCCUAAUCCCCGAAAUAACCGUAGAACGCGGUCAGACUUACACCUUCAUAGUGGAAGGGGGUAGUGACAGUAGCAAUCCUGCACGCUACCACCCUUUCUACAUCACCGAUUCGGUGGAGGGUGGUUUUGGACAGAAAAACGAAGAAGAAAAACGCCAACAAAAAGUCUAUGCUGGAGUUGAAUAUGACCGGGAAGGCUACCCCUAUCCGACAGCCUCGGGGAGGUACUGCGAGUUGGCACACAAGAGUAUAGACAAAUCGGCCGAAUCGGAGACUUUUGAGGAGUAUUUGGACACGCUGAGGUUGGAGUGUGACCAGGGAGAGCCGGGAUAUUUGAAUUGGACGGUUCCGAUGGACGCACCCGAUUUACUCUACUAUCAAUGUUAUACACAUAAUAAUCUAGGUUGGAAGAUCCACGUGGUCAAUCCAGGGGCGUCGCAAAGCAAUGGGGAAGCGCCGUCUCGAAGUGUUUCAAUUAUCGCACUUGCUGCUAUUUGUCUACUGACGGUUUCGGCUAUUACAAUACAUUCUCGUGGCCGUAUUUUCUAACGUUUUGAUGAAAAUCGCGACAAUAAUUUUAUAUGAUGUUGACUGAUUAUUAUUUCUGUGACGAGACAAUAACUUUAUCUUCUAAUGCGUCCAUAUCAGUUAAAUAUCGUGGUGUAAUUGGCAUUUCCAAAAAUGUAACUCUUCGUUUUGUUUUAUAAAAGGUUCUACAAUAACAUAUCUGGUUCUGAAGUUUCCCAAAGUCAUUGAUUCCCUAUUGAUUCGAGUGUCAUUUUGAUAAGGAUUUUGAGAUAAUCGAUAAGAAUAUGAAUUAAAUAUUUUAAAUAUUGCAAAAAAUAAAGACCUUCAAAAAUUUCGAAAAUGCAUUUAUAAAAAUACUUACCACUUUAGAAAAUACCAGCUUGAAAAACAAUAAAAAAUCAGAAUAUAUACGACUAUAGUCUAUAUUUUUUUAUUUGUUGGUGGGGGUAGUGUGAAUCAAGAACACGACAUGACCUCCGUCUGUUUUUGACAUUUGACAGCUUCUGACAUUUUGGUACUAAAGUAAAAGUUAAAGCUUCUUCCUUGCAUUAGAAUUUUUAUAGGGCUUGAAUUACCAUCGUUAUGAUGAUAGCUACAUGAUGGUAAGUCACACUUUUGGCACUAUCUCUGCGUUACUAUAAUCGCAUUUGUUAAAAUAAGAUAAAUAGCCUGACCGACCUUACGCAAAUAUGUAGCGAGAUAGCAACAAGGCUGUUUACAAAUGUUGAAAAGAGAUAGCUAUCUGGUACGUUUUUCGAAUUAUUAAUCGAUCCACGCAUAAAUAUAAAAAAACGGAUUUUAUAUUCGUCAGAAACGCAAACAUUGAAAAUUUUUUUUUAGCUUAAAUUCUUCCCUUCUUUUCAUAGAAUCUCUAAUUUUCGAUAAAGAGAUUACAAAAAGAAAUUAAGAUAUUGAACAGUUAAAAUUUUAGUGUUAAAAAGUACAAAUAAGUAUAAGAAAAUAACUACAAUCUUCGUAAAGAAAUUAAGUAGCAAAUUUAAAUUAAAAAAAAAUUAAAUUUAGUGUAAUUAUUAAUGCUCCAAAAUUUAAAAACUAACUUUGAUAAAGAAACUGAACGAUGUUUAAAUAUUGAAAGACAUUAAUAACUUACAACGAAAAAAGUAAGGCAAAAAUCCUUAAGAAUCUUCAAAAAUUGGAUACAUGAUGUUAAUAUAAUAUUGAUAAUAUUGAACUUAAAAUCCUACGCAAAAACUAUAAUUUUAUUAUUUUUGUAAAAUGAAUUAGCUCUAAAAUUUGCAGAUAUUGCCAUAACAAUUUUAAUUAACAGAAUUAAGAUCUUAAAGUCUGUUCUGCUGAAAAAGAUUUUAGAUCGAAGGAAUAUUAAAAGAAAUUGAAGACAAACAUUUCAAAAAUACUAGUCGAAAUAUCUGAAUUAUCUGAUAAAAAUAGAGAAACGUGACUUUUUGAUGCUUCCUGUGAUUGCAAUUUAUAUCCUCAAAAGACUCUUGACAGUUGAUAUACAUCGGUAUGUGUAUGAAGCGGCAAAUUUAUCACCCUUGAGAGUCUGCCGCCUUUUAGAAAUUGUGAAACAUAUCUGAAACCCUUUUACCAAAGAAUGAUUUAAUUUUUUUGCUGUCUUGAGGGCAAGGGACACGCAUGAAAAAGAGGAACCAAGAAAAUUAUCGUGCAAACAUAUCAAAGACUUUGUAGAAUCUUUAUUUUGUAGGUUUUUGAACUAAUUUUGCGUUUUUAGAAUCAGUGGUGGAGGGAUUGCCAAGAGGAGUAUCACUGUUUAGAUAAUUUUUUUAUUAGAAUUAAGUUUUUGUUAAUUAUGUAGAUGAGAAGUUGCAAAGUCUUACCCAAAUCUAGCAAAUUUAGCCCAAAACCAUCAUCUCUUUGGGCUUUUUAAUAAAAUAAAGUUGUGUCUACUUGCCAAUCCUCGCCAUACAUUUUUUAAAUUUUGCGGUUACGUUUUUGGAAAUAAAAAUCGAUGUUAAGUGGACUUUAAUUUUGGAUUGAUUAAAGUCAAUAUACAAAACAAGCGACAAUAAUUAUUGUACUGUGUAAGAAUAUGUGCACAAAUUUAAUGAUAAUUUCUCAAUACUUGUAAUAUAUAUAGUGAGCUAAUUCUAAGGCUGUUUUCGCUGACAAUAACAGUUAUUUUGUAACAUUUUUUAAAUAUUUUAAAUUGAUGGUGUUCAAAAUAGGUAUGUUUCACACAUAUCCAUUCAAUUUAUGACAAUAACAUAAUAGUGUAGGUAUCUGUAUUUCACUAAAUGUUCACACGAUCAAAAAACCCAGACAAUAAACGAAUUACAACGGAAAACGACCAAAAAACUUCAAGUUUUUGGCAAGUGAACUAAAGCGUCAAUUACAUAAAACAAUGUCGCAACUAUUGAUGCUAAAAUUCAUUGUUGUUUUAUUUAUUGUAAAUCGGCUUGAUAUAUUUAUUGCAUGUUGGAGUGACUUGACAAUAAUUGUAAAUAAUCGCAUUUUCGAUUUAAAAUAUUUGACCGUGUGAUCUGUACUUAUACAAAUAUUUAGGAUACUCCAUAUCAAACGUUAAUUUUGACUCUUUUUUCAUAGUUGUUAUAAAUUUUUAUAUUUUAAAACAAAGUAGUUAUUAUGUAGAAUAGCGAAGGUUUAUAUACUGCGCAUUUAGGUGUUUUAAAUGGUCUUUCAGUGUUUUUUAUUCGAUUUGAAUUCUCGUUGUAGUUUUGAUUUUUUAAAUGCAUCUCAUACUCAACUGCUUACAUCGUGAUUGAUGCAAGCAGCCGUUAGGCUUUAAGUAAUUACGCAAUUUAACGGAAUUAAGUUAUUGGAGUGCCUUUUGUAAGAAAUAUUUUUCACUUUGUAAAACAAUAGUUUAUUUGGAUUUCUCAUUGACUCCAUUAUUAGGUCGUCCUAUAAAUAAAUGUACGCUAGUUAUCAAAUUUUAUUUCAAUAAAUUUACUGUGAAAA